AUGAAAAUUCUUAUUCUUAUUCAAUUAAUCGGUGGUAUUUGUUAUGCUUUUGGUAGUGGUGAUAUUAGUAAUGAUGAAAAACAAAAACAGGCCACGGAAGCAUAUAAUCGGGUUCGUGACUAUUUAAAGAUAGAAGAAAAAAAAUAUAAUUCAUCAUCGAAAUUGACAAGAACAUCAACCAAUGUUGGUGAUAUACCAAAUAGUAAUAUAAUUGGUUCUGGUUAUAAUCCAGUAAAACAUAGUCCACUUUGUUUCACACGUGACUGUAAAAUGGCAACCUUUGGAUUACCGAUAUUUAGUUUCAAUUAUGUUAAACCUGAGCCUGGUACAGGUUGUGCAAAAGGCCUAUUAAAACCGCAUCCUACUGUUACAUUUAGAUGUACACCUGGAGCUGAAAAAGAUAGUCAUGUUGAUAUUAUUGAUAAAUUAGAAAGUUUGAAGAAAACAACAAUGAUCGGAUUGGAAAUUAAUGGUGGUGCAAAGAUUCCAAUUUCGACUGUUAAUUCAGUAGCAGCCAGUUACAAAUCUUCUAUUCAAACAAAAUUUAUGGUUGAUAAUAUAUUACAGAAACAUUAUGAAAUUAUAUCAACAACACGAAAAGUAACAUUUGCUGACUUGAGGAUGUUUCAAGAGCAAAUGAGUUUAUCUGAUUCAUUUAUUUAUACUAUUGAAAACCUACCAUGUUGUGAGUAUACUGAUACUGUUUAUCGGUAUAUUGCUGAUCAUCUAUUUGACCAAUUUGGUUUUACCUAUGUGGAACAUAUGAUAUUAGGUGGAAUUGCAUCAGAAAAUAUUUUUAUUCAUCAAUCAAAUGUUACCAAGCUUAAAGAAAAUAGUGUUAAUAUAGCUCGUGAGGCAAGCAUCUCAUUCGGUGAGGUAUUUCAUGUUGGUACGAAUGCCACAUUCUCACAUAAUGUGGAAGAGAAGAACAAAUUCGAUCGUAGUAUUGAAGACCGUUAUUCUAAAGUAAUAGAAAAAGUUGAUGAAGUUGAAAAAGUGUUUUUCAGUGAUCUCGUAGAUUAUACAGAUGCGCAGGAUAGCGUUCGGUGUAACUUUCUAUUUCCUGGUGUAAGGUUAGAAAGUGGUAAUCAAGGACUUAAAGGAUGGGAGGAAUGGUCUAAAAGUGUUGAAGAUAAUCCAGUAGUUAUUAAAUUUGCUGUUAAUGAUAUUUUUCGUCUUUUAACUCCUCAUCGUUUUCAAAAACCAAAUUCACACAUUGUUGAAAAAAAAGAGUUAAUUCGAAAAGCAUUAGAUACAUAUCUUAAUAUAUCAUUCUAUUGUCCUGGAAAUUGUGUAGGACAUGGUAAGUGUGUUGAUACUGGUUAUUUUCAAGUUGGAGAAUGUAAAUGUAAUACUGGAUGGACAGGAGCUGAUUGUUCAGUAAUGGUUGGAUUAAGUGGAACACUGUGUGGAAUAAAUGAUAAAAUUGAAUGUAAUGGUGGACCAAUUAUAGAAGGAAAUACUCCACAAUAUGGAUGUGCUCCUGGUUAUGUUAGAGAGAAGUAUCAUUGGUCAGUGACCUGUAGAAAAGCAUCGAGUACAAUUGAUGUUGGUUUUGCUGGCACACUAUGUGGCAUUAACGUGAAAGGUUUCGUAAUUGAAUGUGGUGGAAAAAAGCCAUGGUUGGAAAAAUGUCCGAAUGGAUAUAAACUCACAGAUAUAGAUGGCGGCGGUGCGUACUAUUGUUAUAAAACAGAUGCAAGUAGUGAGGAUUUACCUGGUACGCUUUGCGGUUUCGGACGUACUUAUUCGAAUCGACUGGAGGAUAUUGACUGUGAUGGUCAUUAUCCCUCUCGAGGGGACUGUCCACGGAAUUACCAUCUCAGGUCACAACAUGUUGGACAAACUACUUUCACGUAUACAUAUGCAUAUUGUGUUAAAGAUUGA